AUGGAAUAAUAGCCACUUAGCAAUAAUAGAGUAAAAACACAUCUUACUUAACUAAGCAUUUAAAUAUGGAGGAAGAUUAAUUAACCCAAAAGAGAGAAUUGACAUCCUACGAGUCCUGCCUCGAUUGUUGUGGAAAUGUCUCUGGAUGUUUGAGAGUAUCACCAACAGUUUAUUUAAGGCUUGGCUCCCUUGUAUAUUUUGUUGUUGCGAUAACCCCUUCUACGCAGUCCAAUAGAGUUCUGUGGGACUAGUCGAGAAGUUCGGAAAAUAUCACAGAAGCUUACCACCAGGUCUAAAUUAAAUCAACCCUUGCACCGUAAUUUAUUGUCACCUAUCGUGAAAGGAUACCGUGUUACCAGUAGACUUGAGAACAAGAGUAUUGGAUUUGGAUCGACAGAUCAUCCUAACCAAAGAUAACAUCUAAGUGAACAUCGACACAUGCAUGUACUUUAGAGUUAUCGGUAUGUAACUGAUAUUCAAACAUACUCCAUAGAUCCAGUGCGUGCAACUUAUAGGGUUUCAAGAUUGACCUAGUCUGUGAAGGACAUGACAUAUGCAGCAUUGAGACAAGUUUGCGGAGAACACCAAUUGCAAGAUCUCUUGGAACAUCGGGAAAUGGUCCAAGAUUCCAUCGAAGCCUAUUUGGACAAACAAACAGAACAAUGGGGAAUAUACAUAGAAGAGGUUUUCAUCAAGGACAUGGUUCUAACUCCGUAAAUGCAAUCCGAUUUGGCAGCUGCAGCCAAAAAUAAGAGAAUCGCUUAGGCAAAAGUCAUUUCCGCAUAAGCCGAUGUUGAAAGUGCUAAAUUGAUGAAAGAAGCUGCCCAAGCCCUGGAUAGCAAAGCUGCAAUGCAAAUAAGAUUCUUGGAGACUCUUCAACUUUUAGCCAAAGGACCAUCGUAGAAACUGAUGUUCCUCCCUCUAAGUCCAGAAUCUUAAGGAGCCCACAACGGAUGACAUUAUUUUGC